AUGGUUCUUAUUCAAAUAAAAAGGUCUUAUGAUUAUGAAGAAUGUCCAUACGGUUGGGAAGAAUUUAUUGGCACGGCUUCAUGCUAUCGUUUUGUACGUUAUCCAAAGGCAAAUAGUGUGAAUGCUGCUGGCCUUUGCCAGACUGAUCUACUAAGUGUUGAAUCAUUACCGGAACAUUUAUUCAUACAAAAUCUAUUAAGUAAGAAUGAUCCAUCAACUCAGAAUUGGAUAACCAGUGGACGACGCAAUGGACCAUUUUGGCAAUGGAUUAAAUCAACUGGUCCAAUAAAUUUACAAUAUGAUCAAGGUUGGUUACCACAGACAGCUCAAGAUCAACAAAUACGAUCUAAUCUUGUUUAUGGUUAUCGAAGUAGUCAAUGGGGUUGGUUACCAUAUGAUAUUGCACCGAUGGAAAACUUGCCAUUUAUUUGUGAAGUCCCUAUACGAGAUACUUACGGUGUUACAACGAAUUAUAGAGGCAUUGAGUAUGGCCUUCCAUCAAAUAUUGAACAACGGUUUAUUCCAAGAGCACCAAAAUUUUAUGAACAACCACAAGAUCAAGAAUUUGGUCGUAUUGAUCAAAUUACACUUGGUGUUGGUAGCACAUUUGGUGUUAGUAAAUUAUCUUUAGCGGUUGUUGUGACAUUGACAUGUCGAGUUGAUGCUUAUCCUGUUGCUGAUUAUUACUGGUUUCGAAUGACUGGUGGUUCUAUAUCCGAAGCAGUAUUAGUUAAUCUGAAUGAACCUCGGUAUUUUCAACAUGGUGGGAACCUAAUGAUUAAUAUUCCAACAAGUGAUGAUAGUGGAACAUAUUUUUGUAAAGCUUCAAAUUUCUUUGGUACAGCUAUAAGUAACCGUGUAUAUCUACGUGAAAUAAUUUUGGAUCAAUUUGAAAAACGUGAACGACCAAAAGUUAUUGCUGAUGGUCAUCGUGAUGCCAUUAUCGAUUGUCUAUAUAAAAAUACAAAUACUCGAGAUCUCAGCUACGCUUGGUUCAAAGGAGGAAUAAGUCAAAAAGUGCAACAAACUGCCGAACGUUUCAUAUCUCAAAAUGGAAAUUUAUACUUUUCUCGUGUUACAGAUGGUGACUCAGGAAAAUAUUAUUGUGCUGUUCAAGCAAAAAACACACGUCUUCGCUAUUUGCCAUCUCAAACGAGUGAAGGUACAGAAUUAGAUGUCCGUUCAACAUUUGGUCAAGAGCGCAGUCCGCGUAUCUAUCCAAAUUUUCCACAAGUAUUUCCAACAUCACGUUUACCAAAAUUAGGUGAAAAUGCUUCAUUGGAAUGCAUAGCAGAAGGCUAUCCUGUUCCUGUUUAUCGUUGGUAUCGUGAAGAUGAAUCUAGUAGUUUCAAUCCAUUACAAUCAAAAGCUAUUUUACUUAAUUUUAAUCGUGAAUUAAUUAUACCAAAUUUACAACGCGAUGAUAUGGGUUCAUAUCGUUGUGAAGCAUCAAAUACGCGUUCACUUGUUCAUCAAUCAGUAGCAUUACAAAUACAGAUCGAUCCAGUUUUUGUUGUACCCCUUGAUGAUCAAGUACUUGAUAUUGGAACUGUUUUAUCGUGGUAUUGUGAAGCAUAUCCAAAUGAUGUAAAUCAAAUACGCUAUACAUGGUUCAUUAAUGGUACAGAAAUUUUUUGGGAACGUUUAACAUUAGCACAACGACAACGUUUAACAAUAGCUAAUAAUCUUUUAAUGAUAAAUAAUGUUCAACCAUAUGAUAAUGGUAUCUAUCAAUGUGCAGCGAUGAAUACACAAAAUAAUGUACAACGUUUUAGUACAGCUGAAUUGCGUGUUAUUAUAUUGGCACCCACAUUUGGAAAAAAUGCGAUGGUAUCAACAUUACGAUCAACUGUUGGCGGAUUAGUAACUAUUGUUUGUAAUCCAGAAGGGGCACCUAGGCCACAAAUACAAUGGUUCAGAGAUAAUAUUCCUUUAAAUCCUGGAGGCACUGUACAAAUUUUUCCUAAUGGAAAUUUAGCUAUUACAAAUAUUCAAUUAAUGGAUGCUGGUAAUUACACAUGUAUGGGAACGAAUCCAUAUGGUCAAGCACAACAGAGUACCUAUGUUUAUGUAAUGCCAGAAGGUACAACAAUUAUUUCAACCCCCGGUGGACGUGAUGUUAUCUUAGAUCAAACUAUCGUUAUUCCAUGUGAUGCUCGCUCCAUGAAUCAAAUGGAUUUAACAUUCUAUUGGCGUUUUAAUAAUGAAAUUUUAACAAUUGAUAAUAAACGUUUUCGUCAAGAUAAUCCCGAUCGUCCUGGUGAUUUACGUAUUAUUAAAGCUCAAUAUGGUAAUUCUGGACGAUAUACAUGUGUUGCACAAACAACAGUUGAUGAACAAUCAUCAUCCUAUCAAUUAAAUGUAUAUGGACCACCUGGCCCAUUGGCUGGCGUACGUUGUACACAACCAUUUCAACGUCAAGUUACAUUAACUUGGGUCGUUGGUAAUGAUCAUGGUGCGCCAAUAUUACAUUAUACAAUUGAAUCUUUAUCGAAUCAUCGUUCGUGGUGGAUUUUUCAUGGAAAUUUUACAAUACCAUCACCACCGAAUAAAUUUGUAACAAUGACAUUACCUGGUUUAUCAGCGUAUACAGAUUAUCGUUUUCGUGUAUUUGCAACAAAUAUGUAUGGAUCAGGUGAACAAUCAGAAGUUUCACCACCAUGUGUAACACAACCAGAUAUUCCAGGUAUAGCACCAACUGGAUUAGGUGGUGGUGGUGGCAAAGUAGGAGAUUUAAGAAUUGUUUGGGACCCACUACCAAUGGAUUUCUGGAAUGGACCUAGUCUAACAUAUAAAAUUUACAUACAAAGACAAGGUGAAAAUCGACAAACAGAUUACAAAGUAUCUGAUCCACUUCGUAACUUUUUUAUUACUCGAUUAGCUGAUAAACUCUAUUAUCAUCCAUACAACGUCCGUAUUUCAGCUGUAAAUGCUCUUGGCGAAGGACCUAUAUCUGGCAAUGUAACAAUUCAUUCAGCUGAAGAUCGUUCAACACGACAAGUAUCUAAUGUUAAAUGUAAUCCAUAUAAUAGUACAGCAAUGAUUGUAACUUGGGAUAUGAUUGAUGAAAAUGAUCGUACUAUUUUACAUGGUCGUUUAUUAGGUUAUACUGUUCGGUAUUGGCGUAAAUCUGUUGAUGAACUUCAAAAUUAUUGGGAACGCCGUUUUCCUGGCCAACACUCACGUGCUAUUAUUAUUGGUCUUGAUUCAAAUAUUGAGUAUGCUGUACGUGUAUUCGUUUACACGCAAUUUGGUGAUAGUUCUGAAGGUAGUGUUUUUUCACAUCGUACAUUCCGUUUACCUCCACAAACUCCACCACAAUAUAUAACUAUUCGGCAACCAAGACGUGAAAAAGAUAAACGUACACGACUAUUUGGCGAUGUAUACAUGUAUAAAUUAGAAGUUGAAUGGCGUGGAAUAUCAACAACAGCUGAUGAAGAACCAUUAGAAGGUUAUAUGGUUAAAGUUUGGGAACAUUAUCAAUCGAUACGAAAUGCAACAAUUUAUUAUGUUGACGGUUCAAAAUAUAAAUUAAUAAUUGAUAAUUUAUAUAAAAAUCGAAAUUAUAAAUUACGUGUUCAGGCUUGGUCACUUGGAGGAGAAGGAAAAUAUUCAUCGCCAGAAAGAGAAUUUCGAUUUGAUCACGAUGGACGUUUAUUGAUACUCUAUAAUCCUGAUACAACUCUUAUUCAUCUUAAUAAAUCUACAAAACAAUAUUCAUCAUUAAUCAUAUCGUUUAUCUUGCUCAUUCUAUGUUGGCUACUCAAAUAA